AUGGGGGCGUAUAGAGCUGAUGACGAUUACGAUUAUCUGUUCAAGAUUGUGCUAAUUGGGGACUCUGGUGUGGGAAAAUCCAACCUUUUAUCGAGGUUCACCAAGAAUGAAUUCAGCCUUGAAUCAAAGUCCACCAUUGGGGUUGAGUUUGCUACCAGAAGCAUUAGGGUGGAUGAUAAGGUUGUCAAGGCUCAGAUUUGGGACACUGCUGGCCAGGAAAGGUACCGAGCAAUAACUAGUGCAUAUUAUCGAGGAGCUGCUGGUGCUUUAUUAGUGUAUGAUGUUACCCGCCAUGUUACAUUUGAGAAUGUGGAGAGAUGGUUGAAGGAGCUCAGAGAUCACACAGAUGCCAACAUUGUGGUGAUGCUUGUUGGGAACAAAGCAGACUUGCGUCAUCUGCGAGCAGUGUCCACCGAAGAUGCUACAACUUUUGCAGAACGGGAGAAAACAUUUUUCAUGGAAACCUCUGCCCUCGAGUCCAUGAACGUUGAAAAUGCCUUCACAGAAGUGCUCACACAGAUCUUCCAUGUUGUAAGCAAGAAGGCCCUUGAAAUUGGUGAUGAUCCAGCAGCAUUACCAAAAGGAAAGACGAUAAAUGUUGGGUCUCGUGAUGAUGCAUCCGCUGUGAAGCAGAAUGGAUGCUGUUCUGCCUGA